CUCACAGAUGUGGAUGAGACUGCAUAAGACAAGCGCCGAGUAGCUGGUUGGGCGGAUGUGGUGAUAGGCUUCUGGAUCCAUUAUCAUCUGAAUCAUGAGAAUCGGAGCUAUCUCAGCCAGCGCUCUUCGCAGAGCUGCUUUACAAGCCGACUCAUCAUCGCUUGUCUACUCGCAUAGACAUAUAUCGCGGAAAAAAGAAACAUCUCCCUCCAAUUUGCUUCGCAUCUCGCCCGCAGUGCAGGAUGCUCUCGCCACAAACAAGCCAGUGGUGGCACUCGAGUCGACCAUCAUCUCACACGGCCUGCCUUACCCCCAGAAUAUAGAGACAGCCCUUGCAGUCGAGGCAGCUAUCAUGGAAGAAGGCGGCAUACCCGCGACAACAGCAUUAAUUGAUGGAUAUGCACAUGUCGGUCUAGAUCGCGAACAGCUACAAAGGCUCGCCAACCCAGCAGAUGGUGACAAACCAGUCAAGACCAGUAGGCGUGACAUGGCGCAGGUGCUGGCGCUGGGACAGGGCGGUGUAGGCGGCACGACUGUGAGCGGCACAAUGGUGCUGGCGAAUAUGGCAGGUAUAGACAUUUUUGCCACGGGCGGCAUCGGAGGCGUACACCGGGGUGCUCAGGACUCUAUGGACGUAUCUGCCGACUUGACGGAGCUUUCUCGCACACCGGUGGCCGUGUUUUGUUCAGGUGCGAAAUCUAUCUUGGACAUUCCACGGACCCUCGAAUACCUUGAAACGCAAGGAGUAAGCGUCAGUGCUUUCCGCCAAUCCUCGACUCCAGCCGCAAGGGAAAAAGAAUCCGAAGCAAUGGUAGACUUUCCAGCAUUCUACAGUGCCCAUUCGGGCUGUUCCGUCCCCCUCGUCCGCUCUGCAUCACACGCAGCAAGCAUCAUCCACGCAUCCAAGUCGCUCCUUGGUCUUUCGAGUGGGCUUGUUUUUGGCGUGCCUAUCCCAACCGAAUAUGACCCUGCAGGUCAAGCGAUUCAGAGCGCCGUGGAGCAAGCAGUCAAGGAAUCUAUCGAGCUAGGCAUCGACAAGAGAGGCAAGCAAGUCACCCCUUGGCUCCUCAAGCGCGUCAAGGAACUGAGCACCGAGAGCGUCAAGAGUAACAUUGCACUGGUCGUCAACAAUUCUCGUGUCGCAGCAAGGACAGCCGUUGAGCUAUGCCGGCUUCGGGAGGAUCCUACCUCGAGUAGCAAGAUUUACCUUUCUGCACAGCCUUCUCAGGAAGGGUUGGAGCCACCAGCGAUCGUCCUCUUUGGCGGGGUUGUGCUUGACGUGAGCGCAAAGCCAGCUCCUGGUGUGACAGCAAAAAUCGCAGCGAAGACAACAGCAGCCGGAAGUGUGAGGCUCUCGCUCGGUGGAGUCGGUCGCAACAUGGCGCAAGCUGCACAGGGCGUAAUACAAAAUAUGCCACACACUGGCGGGGAAGUGCAACUGGUGGCGCCGCUUGCGGACGACUCGACGGGGCAUUACGUGCGCACCGUUUGGGAAGGGGACACCAACGCGCUGCGUCUGGACGGUUUGUUUUCCUUGCGUCAGGGGCGCUGCCAAACUCCAACAGCCAGUCUACUCUUGAGGCAGGACGGUGACCUGCAGCAGGGCAUCGUCGAUACGUCUCUCUUGGAAGGAGCCUUCACCUCUCAGAUCGUCGAGCGCUUCAUGGCAUCGAACCCAUCGACCAUCGGCUUUGACUCAAACAUGUGCAUUGAUGCGAUGGCGCACGUCCUCACUGCAAGCGCUCAAGCGGAUGCAUUUGUCCUAUGCGAACCGACAUCCGUGGCGAAGAGCUCGCGCGUGGUCCAUGCGCUCCAUCAUGCUGGCUUUCUCGGCAAGCGACACGUCCUUGGAGGUGUGACACCAAACGUUCUCGAGCUGAUGGAGAUGCAUGACGCUGCACAAGAGCUUCUGCUCGCACAACAACAACAGCUGCAGUUGCUACGACUCGGCGCAGUCGAAAAGCAAAUUGCCGCUGGUCUCGUCGCGUCUAGCCUCCUGCCGGACACGAGAAGCGCAGAAGCAGCGCUGUCUGUUGCACGCCUCCUCGGGCCUCUCUUCCUGACGCUCGGUCCGCGCGGUGUACUUGCGGUCGUGCCUCGCUCCACGCCACUUGAAGGAGCUGUGGAGAUCACGCACGUGCCUCCACCUACAAUACUAGCUCCGUCAUCUAUCGUGAACACAACCGGUGCAGGUGACACUUUUGCAGGUGCGCUCCUCGCGCUGGUGCACCUACAAUUCAGCGGCAGAGGCGUUGGCAAUGAGAGCAGACGGCCGCGACAGCACCUUCUCAAAAAUUGGCUCUCCUCACACGGCUCAGCAGGGCCUUCGGCUGUGCACGACUUGCUCUGCGCCGCACAAUUUGCUGCCCUCGCGACUUUGCAGAGCCACGGUGCAGUGGGCAAUAUGUGCGCGUUGCGCGGAGAAAAAUCAUUCUGGCGUGCUGUGGGGUCACAAGGGAAAGCGUAGACCCGGGGUUUCCCGUGAGGUCACACAUUUAGCAUCUGUAACAUAAUGGCAAA